AUCAAGUGACGUCUGACUGCCUUGGGCCCUUCACUGACAGGGGCAGUCGCCUUGCCACCAGCGAGUAACUAGUGUUUUUGUUUUUAUUGUUCCAUAACUCAGUAUGAAGACCUACACGCUGAGGGAGAAGGUGAAGGGCGUGGCUGUAGCAUCUAGGGCGGCGGUGCUGGCGCUGCAGAUGGUGUCCAACUUAAUGCUGCCAGACCACCAGGCAGAUGCAUUCGUAUCGCCUGAGGACCCUGCUGAGCUGCCCAUGUCGUUGGCAGACCAGGUGGUGAGGUGGGUGCUUGGAGGAUUUGUUCGCUGGGACGCUCACUAUUUCAUGCACAUCGCCCAGUAUGGCUACACACACGAGAACACCCUGGCCUUCUUCCCUCUCUUCCCUCUACUGGUGCGCUGUGUGGCUGCUGUCAUUGGCGUGCCCUUGCUGUACUUCCUCAACUACUACAGCAUCCUGCUCAUCUCUGCUGUGUUUGUCAACUUCAUCUUGUUUGUGCAGACUGCGAUUGUCUUCCACAAACUGAGCGAGAAUGUGCUGAAAGAUGAGGCACUGGCAUACCAUGCAGCUCUCCUCUUCUGCAUCAAUCCUGCCAGUGUAUUCUUUUCAGCACCUUACUCAGAGGGGCUCUUUGCAUUCCUCACCUUCUCAGCACUCCUUUUCAAUGAAACACACAGCUCCUCGUCCUUUGGUGCAGCGGUGUUUGGUCUGGCCUCCUCUGCACGCUCCAAUGGCCUUGUCAAUGUGGGCUUUGUGCUGUACAGGAAACUUCAGGACUGCUCAAACUAUUUCUACAGAAUCCGUAAUGCCACCACAGAGUCUGGCCAGCUGUCCCUCAUCCUAGUGGUGCUUCUCACUAUCAACUACACUCUCAUUCCUCUCUUCCUGGGCUGCUUUGCUGUGGUGUUACCCUUUGCUGUCUUCCAGAUAUGGUGUUACAUGACUUACUGCAAGGAGGAGGGAAAGGCACCAUUAUUGCCACCGCACCUUGAAAUGUUUGUUCGAGCGAAUUUCCUGCACUCCCCAGACCUUGGUGAGGCUGAUUGGUGCUUUAACUUUCCUCCCCUGGCUUACUCCCAUGUGCAGGAUAAGUAUUGGGAUGUGGGAUUUCUGCGCUAUUAUGAGUUUCGACAAGUCCCAAAUUUCAUGCUUGCCCUUCCGAUGGUCAUGAUGGUCAUUUGCCAUGCUGCCUUAUACAUGGUGGACAAUCCUCAGAUCUGCUGGGGCCUGGGCAUACCUGUGCCAGCAAGUGAACACGGCACAGGGGAGAAAGACAAGCAGCCCCUCCCGUGGCCUGAGAAAGGGAUAAAUUCUUGGCGAGUGUUUAUCUACACGGCUCACUCCCUGUGUCUGUGUGCCUUUUGUGUGCUGUGUAUCCAUGUUCAGGUUACCACAAGACUGCUCUGCUCCAGCUGUCCUGUUGUGUACUGGUUUGCUGCCCACCUGUUGAGUGAUACCAGGAAGCCUAAGGUUGGCAAGGAGAAGGCCUCCAGCUGUCCUGAGACACAGGCCAACCUCACCAAGAGAUAUAAAGUGGCACUGUUCUCAGAGUGCCCAAAGUCCUUCUGGGGUCAAGUGGUUCUGUCAUAUUUCAUUCUCUAUUUUGUAAUGGGCAUUGUACUGUACUCUAACUUUCUUCCUUGGACGUGAGGCUUGCCUGUGCUAUAGUUGUUACAUUCCAUUUUGAAUAUCUUAGGAUUUUCUCUCCUUCACUGAUAAUAGGCCUACACUUUAGAUUCAACAUUGGAAUCACAUUCAGCCAGGCAGCUGUUGUGCUGCCCCCCCCAGUACACUCUUGCUGGGGUUAAGGUUUACAGUAUAAUGGAUCAUCUCAAAUCUAGUCAUAUGAAAAGAUUAACCUAGUCCUAAAUCAACUUUGCCAACUCAUUGUAGACUUGCAAAUGUUUUUAUACCUUGUUACCAUGUUGUACUUUAGACUUUUAUGUGCGUUUUCUGACACCAUCUUCCCCACACCAUUGUUACAUUAAGGCAAUUGACUUUUGAUAUCUGAGAAAAACAAAAUAUCAUGUUAAUUAGUUUGUAUGUGAUUUUAAUACAGUUUUUAAUAAUUUGCUUGGUGAACAAACACUUAUUAUAUUUUGUGUCCUAGUUCAUUUGUCUGUUGAUCUCUUCAUAGUAUUGUAAGAAGUGGUCAUGUGUGGUGUUGAGAGGAAAGUGUUGUGUGGUGCUGAGGUAAGAGGAAAAUUUGGUUUGGUGAAGUGAAUUUGAAGUUGUUAAUCAAGAAAUCAUUGAGGUCUGUCUCUCUCUCUCUCUCUCUCUCUCUCUCUCUCUCUCUCUCUCUCUCUCUCUCUCUCUCUCUCUCUCUCUCUCUCUCUCUCUCUCUCUCUCUCU